AUGAAGGCGCGAUUAGACUGGUGUGAUAUUGGACGGAUGGUGGUCACGGACGCCUGGCUACCAACCCCUGGUAGGAACGGCACAGGUUCUGCAGAGUACACUUUGACGAUGAAUUUGGUUGUUGGGAUAGGAAGGAAGUGCUACCGCACUGUUUGGCGUGUUGGCAGAAGUCAAAGUUGGCUGUUGGAUCUAUGGCCAGUAAUGCUCGAUGUUCACGAUGGGCGCUCUGCACAGAAGCAUCGCGAUAUGCCCUUGCUGAGAGCUCAGCGUAGUUGGGUUGACGCGGUAUCGGGCAGAAUAAGUGGUUGCACAGCAAAGCCGCGACCUUGA